AUGUCUACAACACACGCCUACUAUCCAUCUUACCCUUCCACAUCGUAUCCCAUCAAUGUACCACAGAAGCCCGGCUACUACUAUCCGCCUCAGCAGCAUUUUGGCCGCAUCUCAGCAUCACCGCCAGAAGCCCCAGACAGUACAACUACUUCAGGCGUCCCAUCUUACGAGGUCUCCGCGAGUUCGAGCCAUUAUGCCGGCAGUCACAGCGACUAUGAUUCCAGCAGUGGCGCCGCCAGCGUGGACUUGCUCGACUAUAUGGGCAACCGCCUGAAUGGGUCGUUCGACCCCCUACCGCUGGACCGCAGUCUGGCGAAGCAGGCACAAACAUCUGGUGAACUGAACGCAAAACAUCGCGAACUGCUCGAACUCCAAGCACUAGCCCAACGACGACUGGCUGGCGCACAAGCAAGCUUUUCUUCUGGUAUGCGGGCAGCGAAAGAAGUUCAGAAAGAUUUGCAGUGGACGCAGAAGCGCGUUGAUUCACUCAACAAUCGCGCAGCACAAAAGUACCCAGACCAGUACAGGACUGCUCAACGUCGAUACCCAGCACCUGUUGACUACUAG